GCGACUCACCGCCAGGAGGGGCCGGUGCUGAGGGGCGUUGGCCGCCAGAGUAGCCAUGGGGGCCGGCCGCACCGGGGCUGUGCUCACUGCCCUGGGAGUGCUUAGCGUCUGUGCCGCAAGCGGCUCAGGGCGCGUGACGGAGGGCGAGACUGGCGGGGAGGCGGCGUGGGCGGAGCCGUGGGAUGGCGCGGUUUUCCGGCCUCCCUCGGCGCUGGGCGCGGUGGGGGUGGCGCGCGGUCCCGGGUCUCCGGGGCCAGGCAGGGAGGAGGCGGUGGACUUGCCGGUGCUGUUGUGGUGGAGCCCAGGGCUGUUUCCUCACUUCCCGGGCGACUCGGAGCGCAUCGAGUGCGCACGCGGCGCGUGCGUGGCGUCCCGGGACCGACGGGUGAGGGGAGACUCGCGGACGCGCGCGCUGCUCUUCUAUGGCACCGACUUCCGCGCGUCCGAGGCGCCGCUGCCGCGCUUGGCGCACCAGAGCUGGGCGCUCCUGCACGAGGAGUCGCCCCUCAACAACUUCUUGCUGAGCCACGGGCCGGGCAUCCGCCUCUUCAAUCUUACCGCCACCUUCAGCCGUCACUCGGACUACCCGCUGCCGCUGCAGUGGCUGCCCGGCACCGCCUACCUACGCCGCGCGGCGCCUCCGCUCCAGGAGCGCGCGGAGUGGCGCCGCCGGGGCUACGCGCCGCUGCUUUACCUGCAGUCCCACUGCGACGUGCCUGCGGACCGGGACCGCUACGUGCGCGAGCUCAUGCGCUACAUCCCGGUGGACUCAUAUGGGAAAUGCCUGCAAAAUCGGGAGCUGCCCACUACGCGGUUACAGGACACAGCCACAGCCACCACUGAGGAUCCAGAGCUCUUGGCCUUCUUGUCCCGCUAUAAGUUCCAUUUGGCACUCGAGAAUGCCAUCUGUGACGACUACAUGACGGAAAAACUGUGGCGUCCCAUGCACCUCGGUGCUGUGCCUGUGUACCGCGGCUCUCCCUCUGUGAGGGACUGGAUGCCCAGCAAUCACUCCAUCAUCCUCAUUGACGACUUUGAGUCGCCGCAGAAGCUGGCAGAGUUUAUUGACUUUCUGGACAAGAACGAUGAAGAAUAUAUGAAAUACCUGGCGUACAAGCAACCUGGGGGCAUCACCAACCAGUUCCUCCUGGAUAGUCUGAAGCAGCGGGAGUGGGGAGUGAAUGAUCCUUUACUGCCUAACUACCUUAACGGCUUCGAGUGCUUCGUCUGUGACCACGAACUGGCUCGGCUAGAUGCCGAGAAUGCCCACGCAACCUCUCCUGGGGACAUCCCUGUCCCUGAGCCUCGUAUGGCCCAGCCCUCACACAUGGACUGCCCAGUGCCCACACCUGGCUUUGGCAGUGUGGAAGAGAUUCCUGAGAAUGACAGCUGGAAGGAGAUGUGGCUGCAAGAUUAUUGGCAAGGUCUGGACCAGGGGGAAGCUCUCACUGCCAUGAUCCACAACAAUGAGACUCUGCAGGGGAAAUUUUGGGACUACCUAACUGAGAUCUUCAUGAAAAGGAACCAAAAUCUCUAAUUACUCCUGCAAGAGUCCUUAACUUGGUAGAGCUAAGGAGAUGGAAGUCUUUAUUCUACCAUGGGACAUGAAGGAUAUCUGCUGCACAGAUUCUUAAUGAACAGUGUCUUACCAUGAAUUCAAGGAAUAAGUUAUUUCCACCGAUAUUUUAUCCUAAUGAUGUGUAGCCAUGGUCUCAGCCUAUGGUAAUAGGGCCUCUCCUCAAGGAGAGAUGGAGGCAUCUAUUCUUGGUUAGUGAGAACUGGAAGCCUGAAACAUCAUUUGAUUUAAGGUGCUGAUUAACAAAAUUUUUAAAGAACUGCUUAUUUCUCAGUCCUGAUUGGGACAACACGGUAGUACUUGGCUGUGAAUGAGGUAAGAUGGGCCAGGUUUAGGGUCUUAACACUUCUGUGCUGUUCCUCAAACCACUCAUUAUUCAGUACUUUUUCUAAUCUCUUUUCCUCCUCUCUUGCUUUAUAACCUGUUAUGCUGGUGAAGCAAAACUCCUUGUGGCUUGUUUUCUGGCUCUCUGGAGUUGUAUUUUUUUAUAUCACUUACUUUGCUUUUCAUGUCAACCUUUUUAUUUUGAAUGGCUUUUUCUUUCCUGGUUUUCCACAAUUUCUGAUGGAGAUGGAGUAGCCUUGCCACCAUGCCCACAUUCAUUUUCCCCUAAACUGGCUUUAGAUUUGACAGCUUUUCUUACUGUUGGUUUGCUUCUUAUCUAGGGCAUAUCUGAAAUUCCUUCUCACCUCAUGAACAUAAAGAUUCAGUGGCCAAUAAAUGUCAUGUUAAUUUAA